AGAGAGGAAGCGCGUGCAGCAGAUGACAGGACCCUCGUGCAGCGGUCACACAUCAGUCCAGUUCAGACAGAGAAAGACGGAAUGAUGGAGCCGAGUUACUUCUUCUUCGGUGGUGUUUUCUAGGCUUUCUGCUUCGUGAUGCGGAGAAUAUCCGGGACUUUUUAACAAAUAAACCGCUCGUGCGUGUCUGUAUCGGAGCACAGACAGGUGAAGACGACUGCCAUGGACACAAACAACAACAACAAUUCAGGAGGUGUCAUCUCCUAUGUGGGCUCAUGUGGAGGCUCUCCAACCCGCACCAGUCCGGUCUCCAUGUACAGCGAGAACUCCAACUCCCAGCCCUGCUUCGCCUCAUCCUCCACCUCCUCUUUAACUCCCCCCUUCCUCAGCAGCAGCUCCAGUUCAGGCUCUGCAGGAGAAGAUGGCUCCUCCUCGGCUUCCUCCUCAGCAGGAGGUUCACCUCGCGGUCGAGACGACGGAGGAUCUCUGAGGGCGUCGCCCAGCAAGUCUGUGGCCAGUCUCACCAAGCUGAACGGCAUGGUGCUGCUGUGUAAAGUUUGUGGUGACGUGGCUUCAGGUUUUCAUUAUGGAGUCCACGCCUGUGAAGGCUGCAAGGGCUUCUUCCGUCGCAGCAUCCAGCAGAACAUCCAGUACAAGAAGUGUCUGAAGAGCGAGAGCUGCACCAUCAUGAGGAUCAACAGGAACCGCUGCCAGCAGUGCCGCUUCAAGAAGUGCCUGUCUGUGGGCAUGAGCCGAGAUGCGGUUCGUUUCGGGCGGAUCCCUAAGCGUGAGAAGCAGAGGAUGUUGGCUGAGAUGCAGAGCGCCAUGAACAACAUGGUGAACAACCAGCUGCAGAGCGACUUCCAGCUUGCCAGUCUCUCAUCUUCCUCUUCUUCAUCGUCAUCCUCCUCUCCCUGCCCAGGGGUAACCAUCGCCCCUCAGCCGCAGCCCUCAGCCCUGCCGCUGGCGCCGUCCUCCCCCUCCCCUCCGGCCCCAGCCUCCUCCUCCUCACCCCCUCCUCUUCCUCCUCGCCCCUGUCAAAGCCCCUGCCCCUCUUCCUCUCCUCCUCCUCCUCCUCCUCCUCUUAGCCCUGGGUUGGACUCCACCAUCUGCGCCAUUGCACGCGCUCACCGUGAGACCUUCCUUUACGCUCACGACAAGCUGGCCAAUCCCCGUGUGGCACCUCAGCAGCAGAAUAACCACGCCCACCACCAAAAUGUGGAGGCGGAGCCCUGGGGACCCAACCGGUGCCCCAGUGGUUACCAUGCCAACGGCCUCAACACCAUCUUUCACCACAACAACAACCUGCUGCCAGACAACAGCCAAAACAGCACAAACAAUCACCAUGGCAGCGGUAGGCGAAGCCUGCACAACAGUAAUCUGAUUGGAGGAGACGGGCUUGGUGAUCAUGUAACCCAGGGGAUGAACUGUCCAAUGAAGAACCGUGCAGGGAUAGUGCUGGCCUGCCCGAUGAACCGGCAGCCUCACGCUGACCUCUCAAAGACGCCCCAGGAGAUCUGGGAGGACUUCUCUCUGUCCUUCACCCCCGCCGUGAGGGAGGUGGUGGAGUUUGCCAAACACAUCCCAGGAUUCAGCUCUCUCUCCCAGAACGACCAGGUGACCCUGCUCAAGGCCGGCACCUUCGAGGUGCUGAUGGUGCGCUUUGCUUUCCUCUUCAACGUGAAGGAGCAGUUGGUGACCUUCCUCUCUGGCGCCACCUACAGCCUGGAGGAGCUGAGGGCGAUGGGGAUGUGCGAGCUGCUGGGAGCCAUGUUUGACUUCAGCCACAAACUGGCUGCACUGGAGCUGAACGCCCAGGAGCUGGGACUGUUCACCGCCGUGGUGCUGGUGUCCGCAGACCGGUCCGGUAUUGAGAACGUGGCGUCGGUGGAGCAGCUGCAGGAAAACCUGAUCCGAGCGCUGCGCUCGCUGGUCAACAACAACCAUUACGGGAACGUGGACUCGCCGCGUUUCACCAAACUGCUGCUGAAGCUGCCCGACCUGCGGACGCUCAACAACAUGCACUCUGAGAAACUGCUGUCCUUCCGCAUUGACGCCUGAUGACCUCACGGCUGAUGUCACCAGUGACAUCACUGCGCUUUCUGUCCGGAUUCCUGAACUUCCUGUGAUCGCUGCCGAUGAUAAAUGCGAUAUCCUGCGGUGCUCUCCAUCGCCGUGACGACAGCUCAUCACCCUGAUGUCAUGGCAUAACUACGACUGACACGGUGAUGACGUCAUGACCAGAACGGGUCUGCACACAGCUGUCUGCUGACGGGUUGAAGGACCAGCGCGACAUUUUAAGAGCGCUCCUUAGACGCGCUAAGGAGUCACCCCCAGUGUUUAGCCUAGCUUAGCACAAAGACUGGAAACAGAUGCAAACUGUUAGCCGGGUUGCACCAAAACAUCAAACAGCUCUAAGUGUCUCUGAUUUACGUCUGUUGUGUUUGUUAAUAAAUCACGUGAGCAAAAAGAAAA